AUGGGUAUUACUACAAAAUGGGUUCCUGGAUUACUUCUCCUUCUCAGCAUUCUCUUCCAUUUGAGUGCAAUUACCUAUGGAGAUUUCGACGAAGAGAGUAGGUUUGGCGGGCCUGUUGGCAGGCGGUUUGGCUGGGGUCGUGGAGGCGGUCUCGGGGGAGGAAGUGGGUUUGGGGCCGGGGGUGGUGCGGAUGGCGGUGUGGGUGGUGGUGGCGGCUUUGGUGGAGGUGGAGGGGGUGGUGGUGCUGGUCAUGGAGGUGGGUUCGGAGCAGGAGGUGGUGUAGGAGGCGGUGCGGGUGGCGGUGUUGGGGGAGGAGGUGGUUUCGGUGGCGGUGGCGGUGGCGGAUUGGGUGGUGGGUCCGGUCAUGGUGGAGGGUUUGGAACUGGUGGGGGUCUCGGUGGCGGUGCUGGUGCUGGGGGUGGAAUUGGUGGUGGAGGUGGUGCUGGGGGUGGUGGAGGUGGCGGCAUUGGAGGUGGAUCCGGGCAUGGUGGUGGGUUCGGAGCGGGUGGUGGCAUAGGAGGGGGUGCGGGUGGUGGCGUUGGAGGGGGCGGUGGUUUCGGUGGUGGCGGCGGUGGAGGAGCUGGUGGCGGGUCCGGACAUGGUGGGGGAUUCGGUGCCGGUGGUGGCGUAGGAGGUGGUGCAGGUGGUGGUGUUGGUGGUGGCGGAGGCUUCGGAGGGGGUGGAGGUGGUGGUGCAGGUGGAGGUGCUGGUCAUGGCGGUGGGUUUGGCGCCGGGGGUGGUAUAGGCGGUGGAGCCGGUGGAGGACUCGGAGGUGGUCGUGGAGUUGGUGGCGGUCAUGGGAUCGGCAGUGGCAUCGGGAUAGGGGUCGGGGUUGGCGUUGGAGUUGGAGUUGGAGUUGGAGGUGGCGCAGGAGGUGGAGCUGGUGGUGGGGCAGGUGGUGGAGGUGGUGGCCGUUAA